CGGCCCUGACCCGUGCUCGGCCGUUCGCUUUCAGGUCGCCUGGUACCGCGCCACGGCGGGACCGCCGCCGCUCCACAGCGUCUCCGGCAGACCCUCGCCGCGACCCGGCGGCGCUGAGGCCUCCGCAGCGGCAGCGCGGGGAGCCCGCGGCGGGAAUGCAGCCAGUCCGGAAGCUUCGGGAAGGGCUCAGUGCUGCCGGGGGCCGGCGGCGGCGAGGAGCCGCGGGCUGGUGAGCCCCGUGUCGGUCUGGUGCGUGUCACAGCGGUAGGGAAGGAGAACUGAGAUAUACUACAGUAAGAAAAACAGUAUGAUGGAUUCAGAAAGUUCUGCCCCAAAGAACUCAAAGGAAUAUCUAAGGAAUGAUGUAACGGCUACCUCUGGUAAACAUUAUCUUUGUGGCUACUGUGCGGCCUUCACAAAUAUAGCAGUCACGUUUCCCAUCCAGAAGGUCCUCUUUCGACAGCAGUUGUAUGGUUUGAAAACGAAGGAUGCGGUACAUCAGCUGCAGAAGGAUGGAAUUCGAAACCUCUAUCGUGGCAUCCUCCCUCCACUAAUGCAGAAAACGACAACGCUGGCUCUGAUGUUUGGCUUGUACGAAGAUUUCUCCUCCCUGCUCCAUAUCCAUGUGAGUGCCCCUGAGCUCCUCACUCGCAGCAUGGCAGCAGUGCUUGCAGGGACCACAGAAGCUCUUCUUACACCAUUUGAGCGGGUUCAGACUUUGCUUCAGGACUACAAACACCACGAUAAAUUUACAAACACUUACCAGGCUUUCAAGGUACUGAAAGUCUAUGGGUUGAGAGAAUAUUAUCGGGGAUUGGUGCCUAUUCUGCUCCGGAAUGGACCCAGUAACGCACUCUUCUUUGGCCUACGGGGACCUAUCAAACAGUGUCUGCCUGAAGCAACUUCUUACAGCACUCAUUUGGUCAAUGACUUUAUCUGUGGAGGGCUGCUGGGUGCCAUGCUGGGAUUCUUGUUUUUCCCAGUGAAUGUUGUAAAAACUCGCAUGCAAGCUCAAAUUGGUGGUGAAUUUCAGUCCUUCUCAAAAGUUUUCGUGAAGAUCUGGCUGGAACGUGACAGAAAACUGAACCACCUUUUCAGAGGAGCCCAUCUGAAUUACCAUCGUUCUGUCCUAUCCUGGGGAAUAAUCAACGCAACCUAUGAAUUCUUGCUAAAGCUAUUGUGAAAACCACUGUCUUCCUUGGGCUCUUCUGUUUGUUUGGGGAUCGGCACAUACGUUGUCACUUAAUCCAAGGGAACAGUGCCUGCGUAGUGUCAAAGGUAAUUAGUCUUGGCCUUUGAUAUUUAUGGGGUGAAUGGUGAUGCAAUUAAGAUGAACUUUUUAAAGUAUUUAUUUGCUGGCAGGUGAGUUUACCCAUAAUGGAACUACUCGACAAACACAAGGCUUAAAACAACAAAAAAAAAAACAACAACAAAAAAAAGACUUAUGUUAGUCCAGCGGCUUAUUCCGUAUCACUCCCAAAAUUUAUUAACGCUCCGUGAUGGAAUAUGCUCCACUGCCCACGGUGUAGAACAUGAGAAUCGAGGAGGGGGCUGAUGAAAAGUUAUUCCCUUGUCUGAUAAACUACAAAGUCUCGAUUUAAGAGCUGCAUUUUCAAAUGUUUUAGGGUCGAAAGUACUCGUUAUUGUUUAAAAGGACAGAUCCAGAUGAAGAUGACUGAAGUUUGGAACUUCAAGAUUAACCUAAGCCUACGCAAACUCUUCUGCCAGCUGUUCUGACACCUGGCUUUAAGAUGAAUGUUUCAUUCAGCAGUGUCAGAGUGGUUACUCCAUGUUUAACUUCAGCGUGAGGUGACUCCCGUUCAAAGUGGGAUCUCUGUGUGUGUAUGUAUGUGUGUGCCUUCAUGUGAAAAAGGGAAAAGUGGAAGGAAUGAAACAGCAAAUUUACUGAAGCUUUAAGUGUCCUUCCUUGUUAAAAAACCUACUUAUAAACAUGGAGUUUGUUCUGCUUUUAUUUUUUUUUCUGUUGUUGCAUUGCUGCUGUUCCUGUUGCUGACAGCUGUGGGGCCGGAAAGGAGACGGCCUUUUCUCUAAUGCUCAUGGAAUGGUUCAGCUGCCUGCAGCUGUGAACGUAGUUCACAAGCACGGCUCUCUUGUACUGAGAUUUCUUGUCUUUUGCAAAUCACUUCUGUUUCAUUUGGGCUGUGGAUCGCAACAAGAGACUUUUACCUGGAAUUUGGAGUCCUGCCUACUUGCUGUGCACUCUGUAAGAGUUCUGUAAGACAGGACUGUACAGCAGCACUGACGGGUGAGGUGUCGGGGCAUUACCCAGUCCAGCGCAGGUCUGUAAGUGCAGCAGAGACGACAGCCAAAGACGACCUUAGGUAGGAAAGCAGAUAUGGCAUUUGGAGACAUGUUUAAGGAUUUCUGUAGGUGAGUACUGAAAAAGAUUUACAGAAAUAUGAAGUACUGUGUGUCUUACAGACUUGGAAGUUGAGAGACUUCAGGCCUUAGAGAAAGGGCCAGAAGAGCAAGCAUGAGCAUAAUGCAGGUGGGGGUCUUAAAGACCAUUUGAUUCUCUUGGGGGACUUCAUGUUGUGAAACUCUCUGUACAAAACAAAGUAUUUUGGAUGAUGGAGGGCAGGAAAGAUUUCAGAAACUGCUCUGAAUUGGUCUUUUCUUAGGUUUUGGAGUGGCUAUCACUGUUCUAAUUUGAGUUUUCCAUUUGCUAAACUGUCUCCAAAUACUGAUUCUAAUCAGUGUGUUAUAAUCAUAAUAUAGUCCCCAGCUUCACAGUCAGAAAUGGCCAGGCACAAGUGAGCAUUCUUGUAUCCAAAUGUUGUGAUUAUCUGCAUUUAAAUAAAAUGUUUACUGAAUGUUUGUUACUGUCAGAAUCUGAUUUUUAGCAGUGUACUUUUUUUGUAAUCACUCCUUGAUGGAAUAAAAAUAAUUUGCAUCCUG